AUGAAUUUGAUGUUUCGGAAGAACUUCAGCGGGGAAAAGACCCUCGGGUCGAGUGGGGGUGGAGGGAAGGCGAGGGGCGCUUUAGGCGCAGGGAGGAACGCUAAACGCCGCGAUCGGGAGCGGGGAUAUUCCUGUAUGGAGGAACACCAUUACAAGACUCAUAUAUUCUUCUCAGCGGCAGCCCGGCCCAGUACACAAUACAACGACAUCACAGAGCGAUGCGGCCCUGUAUUAGGUGCGGGAACAGGCCCGGAGCCGGAACCACCACAGCCUUUAGUGACGAGGGAUCCCUCAGUGUCGCUGCUGCGUUGGGACCGGGGUCCGAUAACCACGGUGCCUACGGACAGGCGGCGCACGGAGCCUGUAUCGCUGGCAACAUUAGAGAAAGACUGCUUCGUCAUACCAGCUCACGCACUUGAUCGGUUCCUGCCUGACGGUGUGCCGCUUCCAGUACCGCCUUCAACGCCAGAAAAAGGAAUGACAACAAAGACUGCACAAAACUCUCUUAGCAUCCUUGAAAUUGCUGACCCUAAACUAUGUAUAUUAGCCCAUCUCAUGAGCCCUUUGGAACCAAUAGAACCAAUAUUGGAAUCACCACUUGCCAAACCUUUAAUAAGGCAAAAGGCUGUCGCAGGGGAACUUUUAAACGAAGUCGCUCAAGCUAACACAGCAGUUGGUGGUAUGUUGUUGGCCAAUAUGGAGAAAAAUGCAGAAUUCCCUUUCAUAUCUUACUAUGUGAUAAAUACGACGCAGACAGAUCCUCUGCUUUUCUACAAUAACAUGAGAUGUGCUUCCUUAAACAAGUUCGACCCGAAGACGAUAAGAUACACCGCAGCGCACACGUUAGACUUGUAUAGUGAAGUAGCAAUGAUCUGUAGACCUCCGUUCAACGAUUUAUCUGGUGGGCCGAAGAAGUCUCACACUCCAAGUACUGGUUUCAUCAUUAGUGUUUAUAAGGUUUUUGAAGGUGACGAUGGCGAGCGCUUCGAAAGAAACUGGCUUUACUGGACUGGAGCUCGAAUGUUGUACAGGCACUUGCCACAUACAGUGGGUAUGAAGAAGAUAGCUCUGCACAAAUCAAUGGCUGUACACGGAGAUAAGAUGUACCUGCUGGUUUGUGAAUGUGCCAACUUAAUGGAUGACUUGUCGGGCGCGGCCAUGCUGGUAACGGCCCUCCGCGCGCGGCUGUGCGGCUACACCGGCCUUUACAGGGCCAUACAGACUUUCUAG